GCCAUGAACUUACCAAUCACCCCUUGUAAGGUUGCCCACGGCUGUGAAAAAGACUAUGCCGGGUCUGUGUUUUUACCACGCUCGCCUUGGUAGGAACACUAGGAAGUGCUGACCGCCUUGCAGCUUCGACAUUGGGUCUGAGGUCUGUGAACACAAUGGAUUCCAGCUGCCAGGGACGUCUACUGUACAUUACGGACACCCUUCCAGGGCGACAUUUCCUGUGUGCCACGGGUGCUCAAGACCAAGUGUGAUGCUGGAACAGCCAUAGUAGUUUCCUUCUCCAAGAUGUCAGCUUUCUGGUUGUCCAUUUGUCUUCUUCCUCUCUGGACCGUCCUCCCUGUCACAGCUGCUAAACCAUGCAAGCCCAUGAGUUUCGGUUUGAGCUCGGUAGUGUGCGUCUGCAGUGCAGCGUACUGCGACACCAUGGACCCGGUGGUGGUACCCGGCAAAGGCAGAUACCUUCUGUAUGAAACCACCAGAGCGGGUAAACGGCUUGAGAGUGAGACGGGGGAGAUGCUGCCCUCUGCCAAACACUCAGGGCUCCAGCUCACCCUGGACGUGCGGAAGAAGUACCAGAAGAUGAAAGGAUUCGGAGGUGCCAUGACAGAUGCUGCCGCCAUUAACAUCCUCUCUCUCUCCCCCGGUUCGCAAAGAAACCUCCUGCGAUCGUACUUCUCUGAGGAAGGAAUUGAGUACAAUGUUAUCCGAGUGCCGAUGGCAAGCUGUGACUUCUCCACACACGUGUACACAUAUGAUGAUCAUCCAGGAGACUUGGAUCUGCACAACUUCAGUCUGACAAAGGAGGACACUGGCAUGAAGAUCCCACUGAUCAAGACAGCCCAGAAGAUGUCCAGGCGGCCCCUGUCCCUGUUUGCGAGUCCGUGGACUGCCCCGGCCUGGAUGAAGACCAACAACUCCACAAUUGGAAAAGGGACCCUGAAGGGGAGCCCUGGAGGACCGUACUACAAGAGCUGGGCCAACUACUUUGUCCGGUUCCUGGAGGAAUAUGCAAAGCACAACAUGACGUUCUGGGCAGUGACGGCCCAGAACGAGCCCACCACCGGAUUCAUAGAGGACUACCCUUUCCAGUGCAUGGGCUUCAAUCCAGAGCUGCAGCGAGACUUCAUUGCCCUUGACCUGGGCCCGGCCUUACACGCGAGCCCCCACAGCAAAGUGAAACUCAUGAUCUUGGACGACCAGCGCUUGCUGCUGCCGAGCUGGGCAAAGACGGUACUGGAAGAUGAGCGCGCCGCUCGGUAUAUAGACGGGAUCGCGGUGCAUUGGUACAUGGACCUGAUAGUCCCUGCUGACAUCACCCUGGGCACCACCCACCAGCUUUUCCCUGAGUUUUUCUUGUUCGCCACGGAGGCCUGCAAUGGUAACAUACCCCAGAACUCUGUAGUGGAGCUGGGGAGCUGGAAGCGAGGAGCCAGAUACAGCCAGGACAUCAUCGAGGACCUGAACAACUUUGUGACUGGGUGGACGGACUGGAAUCUUGCCUUGGACCUGCAGGGUGGCCCGAACUGGGUGAAGAACUUUGUUGACAGUCCCAUUAUCGUGGACCACGAGAAAGACCUGUUCUACAAGCAGCCCACUUUCUACCACAUGGCCCACUUCAGUAAGUUUGUUCUGGAGGGCUCACAGAGGGUCGGCCUCAAUCUCAGCAUGAAAACCGAGCUCAACACAGUGGCUUUUCUUCAGCCAGACGGGACUGCAGUCGUCGUGGUGCUGAACUGGAGCCCCAGUGAUGUUGACUUCCUGAUCUGGGACCCAGGGAAUGGCUACAUCCGAGCCCAUUCCCCCGCCGACUCUAUCCAGACGUAUCUAUGGAAACGGCAGUGAGUGGGCCAGAUGUAAAGAAUCUCCCUGAUGCACGGUGAUGUUCUGGGAAGAAGCUUGCUCGGGUCUGUCACACUGUUGUCAGAAAGGCCUGUUUGACUCACUGCAGCAAGUUCUUUCCUCUUGCAAGCUAAUUGCCAAGCUCGACGAACACCACAUCAAACUCCUCCAACCUGAGCUAGCAAUCUUCCCCACCACACUAAAUAUUCUCUUUUCUUUCCCCUAGGGUGUCUAAAGCAAGCGGUGAUAGGUGUAAGGUGAGAUGUUGGAGCUUUAGAGGGCUCCUGAAGGGGAGAUGUUUAUUUUCACACAGAAUUCAAAUGUGCUGUGUGAGGAUAUGGUGGAGGCAGGUAGCGGUAAUCACAUUGCACUUAAGUUUGAAUUGCCAAAGAAGGCAAGUUAAGCAUGGAUAUGAUGCGCUGAAGGGCUUGUUUCUGUGCUGUGUAUACCUCCUCUGUUCAGAGGCCGUUAGAUUCCUGGCCGGGCUGGUGCCCUCCCCGCAACAUUUAUAUUUUGCAUUUAGAGCCCAGUUUCAGGUUGAUCAUGAUCCUUUGGCAUAGUGACCAAUACACCUGUUCAAUAUCAAUGCCUGCUUGUAGCCGGAGCUUGCCUUUGUCAAGUUGUGCAUUUCAGGGAUUGUUCUGACAUUGUGUA